UUCUGGGCAUGAAGCCCAGGACUCAAAAGGAGGCUCUAGAGAAGAACAUCUGGUCUGCUUGAUAUAUAGAAGCCAGCGCGGCAUGUGUGUGCUUGUGUGUAUGUGUUUUUCCUAUGCUGACUCAUGGCACUGAAGUCUUUCUGGAAACACCCCCACCUUUGUAGCCAACCAGUUUACACACACCCCUUCAGCUCCUCCUUGAUUCAAAUGUUAAGUCAAGAGGAAGAAGGAAAACGAAUUCAAGAGCUGCUCUCAAGCAUCUAGAAUUCUCUGUACCCCACCUCCUGAGAAGAGAGACUGGCCCCCAGCUCUGACUCAGUCUACUACAAGCUGGACUCUCCUCUUAAAGCACCAACUUUAUCUGAGCCUUUGGAUAAAACUGGAAGAAAAUAGUGCACGAGUACUGUGAACUCUGCAAGAGGCAGGGGGCUGACAACUGGUAGUAAAAACAGAAAGAUGGCAGAUCCUGAAAUUGAGCUUUUCGUGAAGGCCGGAAGUGAUGGGGAGAGUAUUGGAAACUGUCCCUUUUGCCAACGCCUUUUUAUGAUCCUCUGGCUUAAAGGAGUUAAAUUCAAUGUGACUACUGUUGACAUGACCAGAAAGCCUGAAGAGCUGAAAGACUUAGCCCCAGGUGCCAAUCCUCCCUUCCUGGUGUAUAACAAGGAGUUGAAAACAGACUUCAUUAAAAUUGAGGAGUUUCUAGAGCAAACAUUGGCUCCUCCAAGGUAUCCUCACCUGAGUCCCAAGAACAAGGAGUCUUUUGAUGUGGGCUGUAACCUCUUUGCCAAGUUUUCUGCAUACAUUAAAAAUACGCAAAAAGAAGCAAAUAAGAAUUUUGAAAAAUCUCUGCUCAGAGAAUUUAAACGUCUGGAUGACUACUUAAACACACCGCUUCUGGAUGAAAUUGAUCCAGACAGUGCGGAAGAACUCACAGUUUCCAGAAGAUUGUUCUUGGAUGGGGAUCAGCUGACACUGGCUGACUGCAGCUUGUUACCCAAACUGAACAUUAUUAAAGUUGCAGCCAAGAAGUACCGUGACUUUGACAUUCCAGCAGAAUUCUCAGGAGUCUGGCGCUAUCUUCACAAUGCUUAUGCCCGUGAAGAAUUUACCCACACAUGUCCUGAAGACAAAGAAAUUGAAAAUACCUAUGCAAGUGUGGCUAAACAGAAGAGUUAGGACAGCCCUUUCAGUAGAAAAAGCUCUCUUUUCACUUAUUAUCAUAUUAUAAAGGUUUUUGGAAAUAAGAAAUGGAAAAUACUGUUUCCUCUAUCCAAAUCUCUUAUGAAAAGAAUGCUGUAUUUUCUGUAUCUAGUCAGUCUAAACUAUCUUCUCAUCGUGUAUUUUAAAGUUCUUUAUAUUUUCACUUAAUUUUCUUUAUUCCCAUGCAUAACCACUGCAAUCUUAAAUCACAUGGAAAGUAUCAUGAUCUUUUGCUACUUAAUUGAAUUAUUAGAAUGCAUCAUAUGUAAGCUCAACAGAUGGCUGGAGUUACAAAUGACAUAAAAAGAGCCACGACCUUAGAAAAAUUUCCAUUUAAAUCAUUAAAACAGCUUUACAUUUUUGUUAGUUUAAUACAUGGGUGAGUUUAUUUCUGAUAUGAAUAAUAAAAUCAGAGAGUAAGUAUAUCAGAGGGGCAAACCUAAAAGAACGAUUUUUUAAAUCAGCUCUAAAAAGAGAGCAAGACCAACUGGUAUUAGAAUGGCAUUAAACACCUAGAAAUAUGACUGCCUCAUAGUCAGAGAUGAGAAUAUGACCUUUAUGAUCAGAUUAUAUUGUUAAAUGAGCAAGUAUUCAUUAAAUAAAUCAUAAUAAUAAUUUUUAAAAGAUCAGAAGCAAAUAUCAGGUAAAGUUUCAAAGUAAAUUGGACCUUUUAUUUCAUAGAAAUAAGAAGGAAACUAAGAAAUUUGACUGACAAAAAGGUCUUCUUGCUGUCCAUAAAAAGAUAAGGCACACUAUCCUUAAAGAAUAAUGACAAAGAUUUGAAUAGAAUUUAAAAUGUUCUAUUACUAUAUGUACUCAAAUUUACAUGUUAAAAUAAAAUCACUCAAAUCUGAAAACAAAAGCUGAACUUAACUUGUUCCUUCAAAGGAGAAACACAGUUCAGCCUCAAAAAAUGAAGACACCAUAAUCAAUGGAACAGAAUAAAAAAAUCCGGAAAUGAA